AAACGCGGUCCCAUUAUCCCCCAAUAUAUCCCCUCUCUGCAGGGUUCCAAAGCACACCACCUCGUCUCAUUCCCUCUCUUUCUCUUCUUCUCUCCCAAGUUUCUCACUUUUUGCUGCAUUCUCAAUUCACUCUCCAAUUCCUUCGUGGGUCCGAACCCAAUUUGGAUUUUCUUUUCUGGUGUUUUUCCAAUUUGAAGUGCUACACUUUCCCUUUCUGAGUUAGAUUCCACUUUCUGGGAAAUGGGUCUGUGAAAUUUUCCCUGGCUUUCAAACUGAAGCGAUUAAAGUUUUCAAAUUGGAAAGAAAAACUCAAACUUUUUGAUCCAAUUUUAGAUUUUGACAACUGGGUCUGUGAAACUGUGUUGGGUGUAGUUUAUAGAAAGAAAGAGAGAGAGAGAGAGUAAAAGGGUUGUGUGUGAUCCUGUUGUGUAUGUGAGAAUGCGCACUACCGCAGAAUACCAAGGUUCUGUUCUGAAUCUUCGUGGAGUUCAGAUUCACUCCAUGGAAGGUUCAAGCAUGGAACAAGAACUUGAUAUGUUUCAGAGACAAGUAACUGAACGAUUCUUGGUGCUAUCUUCUGUUGGGAGUGAAGAAUUGCUUUCACUCUCAUGGGUGAGGAAGCUCCUUGAUUCGUUCCUUUGUUGCCAAGAGGAGUUCAGGGUGAUUCUCCAGAAGCACAAGGAACAUGUGUUGAAAACCCCUUUAGAUCGCAUGGUGGCUGAGUUUUUUGAGCGGAGUGUGAAGGCACUUGAUGUGUGCAACGCGAUCCGUGAUGGGGUUGAACAGAUUAGGCAAUGGCAGAAGCAGUUGGAGAUUGUUCUUUGUGCAUUGGACCACAAGAGGAGCAUUGGUGAAGGCCAAUUUCGCCGUGCCAAGAAGGCACUUGUUGAUUUGGCCAUUGCCAUGCUUGAUGAUAAGGACUCUAAUAGUUCUAUAGCGCAUAGAAACAGGUCAUUUGGUAGAAACAAUGGUUCCAAGGAUCAUCACCAUAAUAACCAUCAAAGCAAUAGCUUUAGUCAUUUUAGAUCACUUUCUUGGAGUGUGUCAAGGAAUUGGUCUGCUGCUAGGCAGCUCCAAGCAAUUGGGAACAACUUGGUUCCUCCUAAGACUAAUGAUCUUGUGGCCACUAACGGCCUUGCAUUGCCUGUUUAUACAAUGAGUUGCAUCCUGGUUUUUGUGAUUUGGGCCCUUGUGGCUGCAAUUCCCUGCCAGGACCGCGGGUUGCACCUCCAUUUUUCGGUUUCACGGCAGUUUUCGUGGGCUGCCCCGGUGACCUCGCUCCACGAGCGGAUCUUGGAGGAGUCCAAGAAGAGGGAGAGGAAGAACUCUUGUGGCUUGUUGAGGGAGAUUCAGAAGAUUGAGAAGUGUGCUAGGGUGAUCAAUGAGUUGGCUGAUUCAGUGCAGUUUCCUUUGAGUGAGGAGAAAGGAGAGGAGAUUAGGCUCAGAGUGCAAGAUGUUUCGCGUGUUUGCGAAGCAUUGAAGGAUGGAUUGGACCCUUUGGAACGCCAAGUUAGGGAGGUGUUCCAUAGAAUUGUGCGAAGCCGAACUGAGGGGCUUGACUCUCAUGGUCGAGGGUAAAAGCAUAAUUUGUUUGUUGAUGCUUAACAUAGCCUGAUUUUGCUUCCAAAGAUAACUGAAUUUUGGGAAGAACCAAAAGAACAAGAAGUACAAAGAGAGAAUGGUGAUUUGAAUUAAGGAUCAUGAUAACAAUAUGGUAAGUUAAUGGGAGGAUUUUGGUAUCUUUAAACCACACAGAAUGUAUAGGGUUUAGGAUAUUUGAAAUGGACCUUUGUGGUCUAUGCUGUUUGAUUUUCUCCCUUUUUUUUAGUGUUGUGAUGUGGCUUAUUGUAUAAUCAAUUUUCUGUGUUUUUGCUGCAUCCUCAUUAUAGCUGAUUUUGUUCUUGAUGAGUAUGUGUAAUUCAAUACAUUUUCCCUAUGUAGCUCCUUCAGCAUGCAGUUGCUGUUAUUGCAGCCACUGCCUCCAGAUUGCAACCAUUGUGAAAAGAAUUUUUUUAAUGUUUACAUAAAUGUAAACAAUUUCUAUUAUUGUAAUGAAUAAUUUUAAAUCCUCCUAUUCUU